GGAAGUGCUGGUUGUCUUUUCUGUCUAACUUUCCAAUUCUCGUACACGAAUCGUCCAGUGAACCGCUGACUGAGCUGACUUAAUAUCCACACUGAGACAACCGCCGGGAAGGUUUUUAUUAAUAUUAUACUGAAUAUUAAUAUCAUUCUGUUAUAUCAAGGCCGUCGUUUCAAGGAGACAUCCUGGAAGCACUCGGGGAACCGCGAAUAUCAACGCGGCAAGGAUGCUUCGUGACCCGCUGCAGGUGUGACGAGAUGCCGGGGGAGCCGCCGGUGGGCACCGGCCGAGUGGUGCUGGUCAAGAAGAUAAUCAUGAAGGACGGAGCGGCGCUCCAGCAGGGCAUAGGCCGGCCCAGUGUGUACCAUGCAGUGGUGGUCAUCUUUUUGGAGUUCUUCGCCUGGGGUUUGCUGACUACACCUAUGCUCACAGUGCUUCAUGAAACAUUCCCCCAGCACACGUUCCUAAUGAAUGGACUCAUUCAAGGCGUAAAGGGUCUUCUGUCGUUCAUGUCUGCUCCCCUGAUUGGUGCAUUGUCAGAUGUGUGGGGUAGACGAUCUUUCCUGUUGGUCACCGUCUUCUUCACCUGUGCCCCAAUACCUCUCAUGAGACUGAGCCCCUGGUGGUACUUUGCCAUGAUCUCCAUGUCUGGAGCAUUCUCUGUCACCUUCUCAGUCAUAUUUGCCUACGUUGCAGAUGUGACAGAUGAAAGAGAGAGGAGUACAGCUUACGGUCUGGUGUCUGCUACAUUUGCUGCCAGUCUGGUGACCAGCCCAGCAAUUGGGGCGUACUUGUCAGCCUGGUAUGGAGACAAUCUGGUGGUCCUGGUGGCCACACUAAUCGCCCUUGCGGACAUCUGCUUCAUCCUGCUGGCUGUGCCUGAGUCUUUGCCUGACAAAAUGAGGCUCAAUACCUGGGGAGCGCCUAUAUCCUGGGAGCAAGCGGAUCCCUUUGCUUCUCUGAGGAAGGUGGGCCAGGACACCACUGUCUUACUUAUCUGUAUCACUGUUUUCCUCUCAUACUUGCCAGAGGCUGGACAGUACUCUAGCUUCUUCCUCUACCUGAGACAGGUCAUCAAUUUCUCCUCAACAACCAUUGCUGUUUUUAUUGGGGUUGUUGGCAUCCUAUCCAUUGUCGCACAGACUCUCCUACUCACACUGCUGAUGAGGACGCUGGGAAAUAAAAACACUGUUCUGCUGGGUUUGGGCUUCCAGAUCCUUCAGUUGGCCUGGUAUGGCUUUGGAUCAGAGCCUUGGAUGAUGUGGGCCGCUGGUGCUGUGGCAGCCAUGUCCUCCAUCACCUUCCCUGCAGUCUCAGCUCUGGUGUCACAGUCUGCAGAUCCUGAUAAACAAGGUGUAGCCCAGGGGAUGAUAACAGGGAUCAGAGGCCUGUGUAAUGGUUUGGGUCCAGCUCUGUAUGGAUUCAUCUUCUUCCUUUUUAAUGUGGAGCUCAACACCGUGGACCCCAUCCAGGGAGAUUUUGACCCCCUGCCUCUGCACAGUCCUACUGAGCAAUCCCUCAUCCCUGGCCCACCUUUCCUAUUGGGAGCUUGUACCGUGGUCGUGGCCUUCCUCGUUGCUCUGUUCAUACCAGAGAAACCACCUGCUGCCGCCGCAUCUUCUCCGCUCCCUCUCAGCGAUAAGCCCCAUCCAGGAAGCAAGGAGUCGCUGUCCUCGCUGGCAGGCGUCCAUAUCAACACUCCUCUGCCAGGCAGCGACGAAGAAUCUCCUCCCGCAACGAGCGAGGAGGACAUUGAGCCCCUGCUGCAGGACAGCAUCGUUUGACCUGUGGAAGGAAAUCCAUUGACACUUUGCUGGAAAACAAGAAGAGCACAUUUGAUUUGCUGCAGGGUGAGUGUACCUCCAUUGUCUUGUUGUUGUAGACUCACAGCAAGAAGUGCCAAUAGCGUUGUUGCUUUGCCAGAAGGUGCAACAUUUUACUGAACAGUUUGGUGUGAAGGCAGCUGUCCAAGUGCUCCAAAUGUGAAGCCAUCGUUUAACUGGAUGAAGAUGGACACUUUUUUUGGCUGAAGAAGAUCAAAGAAAGGGAAGGUAAUGUUUUUAAAGAUGAUUCAUCCAAUUAACACCGUACAGUAUAAGAACCCCAAAGAAUGAUACUGAUUUUUAAACAUUGUUUAAAACUCAACUAUAAUGAGCAACGGCUUCUACUUCAGGUCCACGUUUUCUCUUUGAUUUGUUUAAUUCCACAAUUCAAUUGGAUUGUGAAACUGAAAGAAGACGAAGUACCUUAGCAUUGUUGUUGCAUAGAUUCUGGUGCUAACGGUAGAUUCCUCUAAAUAAUUCUGUAUAAUAUACUGUAAUAACACAUGUAUUUUACCAAUAUUGUUGUGAAUGUACUCCCAAUUUUUAUCACCAAAGUCCUAAAACGGCUAUAAAUGUCAGUAAAUCGAUUUAAAAGGUCCUGCAUAAAACCAUUUUUGAGGAAGUCUUUGUCACUGAGACUACAAUUGCUGGAAAGCCAAGAAGCUACUUAGAAGAUUGAGGACAACAUGUCAGUUUAACUGUAGCUAAGAGGCAGAAUGUACACAAUUGUUUGCUUUAAGACAACAUGUGAAUGAUGAAAUAAUGAGGGAUUACAUUUCAGCAGUAGCACUGAAUGCAGUACUACUACAACAAGUACUACUUUUGGAGCCACAAUAUCAAGCUUGUAUUGUCAAAGAUUGCGUGAAGAGGUCAGAGAGUAAAUAAAUGCCUAAUACUAAAAGUUUUAAUUAUGUUUUAACAAUCAGCAUAGACUUGGAAAUACACAAGUUUUAUUUGUACUAAAAUACUCCCAAGACAGCCCGAACAUGUUCUCAGCUAUUAGUUAUAUUUUUAAAUCAGCAAAAUGUCUUUGUUUGUCGCUUCUGAAAAUGAUGCAACUGAUGAUCAUUAUUUUUAGUACAAAACUGUCCAAACCCAUAUCAUAAUUACAAUAAAAAAGUGCACAGUGUUGUUUGAUUGUGGCUAUAAACUCUGUAAAUGUUGUACAUAGACUAAAUGUUUGUGAUUAAAACAACUGUACAUGGGAUUUACUUUAAAUAAAAAGUAUGUUUCUUCUGAAUGUGGGGGGAAAAAACGUGUUGGUUAACAGAAAUUAAAACAGAACACUUGAAUGCCAGCCUCGUGAUUUAUUUAUAGCAUGUUAGCCAAGCACAUAGCGCUAGAAGCGCAAAAACCUUGAAAAGGCCACUGAAAAAAAAAAAAAGCCCACUGGAAAAUAAAAAUGAAAAAGACAGUGGAAAAAAAUGAUGAAAAGGCCUAUAAAAGGGCUAUACAAAAAAAUGAAAAGGCCGGUGAAAAAAAAUAUUACAAUGAAUAUACUGGUAAAAAAAAACAACAUUUAAAUGAAUAAGCCGGUGUAAAAGUUGGUAGUCUAAGGCUGUGGUUCUUAACCUUUUUUACCUUGGGGCCCAUUUUUUCCACUACAAAGGGGCCUGGGUCCCACUCAUAUAUUAAGUCUAAAUUAGUAAUCCUUCUAUAUAUUCAAAAGUUAUAUCCAACCUACUUACAGUUCACAACCUUGUCAAAUGAUGUGAAACCAUGUGUCAAUCACAAAGAUUAUUUAUUUAACACAUAAACCUUAGGCUUAGUUCAGGCUGAUUGGAAAAAUAUGUUCUAACCACUGCACAAGGUACUCAUGAUGAAAAAUAAAUGUACAUAAAAUGUUGUGCUGAAAUAAAUUAACUUAAUAGUAAAUAUGUCGCUUAACUUAACUGUCAAUAAAAUUAAAGUCCAAAUAAAAAUACAGCUUCACCACUUAAGUCAUAAUUUUUGCGCUUAAGAAACGUCUUUAUGACUUUUGCCCCAGACUUCUUCAGUUUGUUUGAUACUGUCAUUACUGCCACAAGUGGUGGAAAAGUGUACAGAAAACUGAGUACAGCUGCGGGUUAGGGCGACUACGUGGGUUCCCUCCGGGUACUUCGGCUUCCUCCCACUCCCAAAGACAUACACCUGGGGAUAGGUUGGUUGAUUGACAACACUAAAUGGAUGUUGUCUGUCUAUCUGUGUUGGCCCUACGAUGAGAUGGCGACUUGUCCCAGGGUGUACCCCGCCGACCGCCCGAAUGCAGCUGAGAUAGGCUCCAGCACCCCCCCGUGACCCCAAAAGGGACAAGCGUUAGAAAAUAGAUGGAUUGAUGGGCCCUCCAAAGGGAGCUCGCGGCCAAACAAUACUUCGGCUUCCUCCCACUCCCAAAGACA